AUGGAGACGUGUGUUUUGAUACCGCAAGAAUUUGCCCUCGCAGUGACAGGUGUCGGCGCUCGUCACUCGCCCGAACAGACGGCCACCGUUUGGUCCAGCGUGCCGAUUCCUCCGGGACGCCUCUGCUACCCGUUCCAGGGCACGGUACGGAUCGACAAGCUGGCCAUCUUUACCAGCCUGCCCGAGCAAGACAUUCGACAUCGGUUCGGACUCUACGACGAGAUAACCGCCGUCAAUGGGCGAACGGUGCGCCACUGCAACUGGAUCCGGUUCCUGCGCGUGUCGGAAACGUACGGGCCGCAGGUGAACGUGGUGUGCGCCAAGGUGAAAGGUGAGCCGAUCUACGAGAUCGUGAAGCCGAUCCCGUCGCACCAGGAGCUGGUCGUCUACUACCUUCCCGAGGGUCCCGAGGAGCUCUUCUUCAUCCGGAUGCGCAAUCAGCUGUAUCGGCAAACGAUGGACUCGAUUCUGGAAGAUUCCCCGCUGGAUCUCUCGACGUCGCUGCUGUCGCGGGUCAUGCUGCCGAUCUCGCCGCCGUCGGGCGCCGAGGACGAGCACAAGUCGGUGUCGGGCGACGACUCAUCGAUCUCGAUUUCAUCCGGGGCCAGCACCGGCGACCGCUGCGACGGGGCCGCCCUCGACCUGGAGCUGGCCGCCAUCACGGCCGGGGCCGCGCGCUCCUCGCCGAAGGCCCGCCCGGCGCCGCGCUCCGAGCGGGCCAUGUUGCCGUGCGAGGUCUGCGGCAAGGCCUUCGACCGUCCUAGUCUCCUGAAGCGACACAUGCGCACGCACACCGGCGAAAAGCCGCACGUCUGCGGCGUCUGCGGCAAGGGCUUCAGCACGUCCAGCUCGCUCAAUACCCACGUCCGGAUACACUCGGGCGAGAAGCCGCACCAGUGUCAGGUGUGCGGCAAACGCUUCACCGCCAGCUCCAAUCUCUACUACCACCGCAUGACGCACAUCAAGGACAAACCCCACAAGUGUGGCCUGUGCUCCAAAUCCUUCCCGACACCCGGUGACCUGAAGUCGCACACGUACGUCCACAACGGGUCCUGGCCGUUCAAGUGUCACAUCUGCUCCCGGGGCUUCUCCAAGCAGACCAAUCUCAAGAACCAUCUCUUCCUACACACCGGUGACAAGCCGCAUGUUUGCGAGAUGUGCAACAAGUCCUUUGCACUCGCCUGCAACCUUAAAGCCCAUAUGAAAACCCACGAAGAAAAUCAAUCGCCAGAGUCCGAGGUUGAAGUGGAUAGUGACCUACGCAGCGACGGCGAAGAGAUGAACCCAGUGCUCAACUACGAAAAGCUCGACGGAAGACAUCCGCGGUACCGUUGGAGACACACCAAACCGGAACCAAUUACGAGAAGUCGCUAA